UAUUACUCCUACAGUUAGGAAUUAGAUUACUACUUCCCCUGUAAGUUCCAAACCCUAAACCUGCUCUGCGGCAGAGACACAUAACAAAGCGAAGUCGGUGGUAUAGCUCGACCAUGGCCAUGCAAUUCUCUCAGGACGACUUCGAUCGCCUUCUGAUCUUCGAGCACACUCGCAAAGCUGCGGAAGCUAACUACGCCAAAAAUCCUCAAGAUGCUGAUAAUCUGACGAAAUGGGGAGGAGCAUUGCUCGAGUUGUCACAGUUUCAAAGCGUUGCAGAUUCAAAGGCAAUGAUUAAUGAUGCUAUUUCAAAGUUGGAGGAGGCUUUGGUUAUUAAUCCCUCGAAGCAUGAUGCUCUAUGGUGUUUGGGGAAUGCUAACACUUCUUAUGCAUUUUUGACUCCUAAUUUGGAGGAGGCAAAGGUUUAUUUUGAAAAGGCAUCUGAAUCUUUCCAAAAAGCCGUGGAUGAGGAUCCAAGUAAUGAGCUCUAUCUCAAGUCUUUAGAAGUCACCGCUAAGGCACCAGAGUUGCACAUGGAGAUCCAUAAGCAUGGACUUGCUCAACAGGCUAUGGGUGCAGGACCUACCACUUCCUUCAACGCAAAGGAGAGCUUGUCUUAGCAAAUGAUUGGGAUUGCAGACAAGGCCUAGAACAGCGAGUGUGAUUAUCAGGAUCCUUAAGGCUUGGCCUGCCUUCCUAACCUAGUGUCAUGGGCUUGCUUCCCUCUGUUUCCUUCUGCCACUAUUGGCUGAAUCCACAUACUAUGCUUAAUCCUCUUCUUAUAAUGGUGUGUUCGAUGGUUAGUGAUGGCUAAGAACAUAAUUAUUCCCUACAGGUAUUUAUUAUUGUUUUAGAUUUGCUUCAAUUAUUGGUUUAUUUAAAAUAAAAGUAGGAUUUGGUAGGCUCACGGAAAUGACAUUGAUAUGUACUAAGCCUGUGCUUUAUAUGUUUGUUUCAAAUAUCUAUCUCCUGGACCAUGCUUCUUAAACCCAGGCAAGCCAUGUUGAGUAAUUCAUCAAUAGGCCUUUGGGCUAUAUCCGUAGAUAGGAAAUGUCAUAUGUAUCCAAUGAAAAGUUCCAUGCCAUCAGUGCGAUACCAGAUUGAUUUUUUGUUAGAUGGUAGCAUUAUAUGCAAUAUAUAAUUCACGCUUGGUUAAUAUU